AUGGCGGCCUUUGCUUCUGGUUCCAGCUUUUCCUUUGUUGCUCAUAUGCCCAAUGUUUCCAACGUGUUGAUCGUCAAGUUGGAACGUAAUACCUAUCCUUUAUGGCUUGCACAAAUUGUGACGCUUCUUUGCAGCCGCUCUCUUAUGAAGUAUGUUGACGGUACCAGUAUCUGCCCUCAAGCCUUUCUCUCAGAUGUUGCUGGUAAACCAACUGACAAGGUGAAUCUGGCUUAUGAGGACUGGAUUCAACUGGAUAAAAUGGUGUUGUCCUGGCUUAAUAGGUCUCUCUCUCUUGAUAUGCUUGCCAUCGUUGCUCGUUCUACUUCUGCGCACCUCACUUGGUUAUCUAUUGAAAAACGUUAUGCUUCCCAAAAUCAAAAUCAAGUCCUCCAGCUUUGUGGUGACUUGCUACAAACUACUCGAGUGACUCUAAUCUUGUUGCCUAUUUUCAUGAACAACAUGGGUCCUUUAUAUGAGACUACUGUUAGCUCUGCCCAAGCUCGUGAUUCUCCCAUUACUUAUGAUACCCUUAAGGCUCUUCUUCUUAGUGCUAAACGUCGGCUCCAGUCUGUCCAACUUCUUAGUUCUGACCUCGGAGGUAUUGCUAUGGUUUCUUCACGUGGACGUGGUAGUUUUCAUGGCCAUGGCUCGUUUGGACAGCAUGGUAGCCGUGGUGUUUUUGACGGUUUCUCUUUUCAUGGUGGUUAUGGUAGUUUUUCCCUUUCCACAACUAGUGUUGUUGGUGCUGCUCCGUCUUCUUCCAGUAGUGUUUCUUCUUCUUUCCUUGGUGAUGCUUCCUCAUCUUCCAUGGCUCUUGGUCCUACUGCCUUUCCUUCUAGUUCACGGAUUCUUUAUCAAAUAUGUGGCCAUGGUGGUCACGCCGCCUUGGAUUGCUAUAACCGCAUGAAUCUUGCCUUUGAAGGUCAUGUUCCUACUUAG